GCGCGGGGGCGGGGGCGGCCGCGCGCUCCCCUCAGCCGCCGCCGUCGCUGUGGAAACGGGCGGGGGCGCGCGGGGGGGCCGCGGCCUGCGGCGGCGCCCGGCUCAGGGGUCAUUCCAUUCUGCGAGCUGUUCUGUGGGAGAGGUGCUGAGAAGUCCACCUUUGCAACCCUGCACUUGGAUAUUUCAUGUACUCAGAAACGCAGCUGAAUGGAACUAAAAGGGCCACAGAUGCAAGAACUUGAACACGUUUCUGAAAGUGUAAGAUGUGUCUGGCAGUGACUUCCUUACCUUAGUAACAAAGAAGAGUAUUUCAACAGGAGCUUAGGAAACCUUUACUCCAACUUAUUAAUGUACUAACUGGAAUGGUGUUCUGACAACAGUUCUCCACAGCAGAGUACGUACCUGCUGCACAACAGUAGUGCUUGCUCUGCUGAUAAUGCAGCUCAAUGGAGGAAAGUAAUGUGUUGAUAAGCAUGCGUGAAGAUCGCUCCUUUCAUGUGCGAUACAGGAUGGAGGCUUCCUGCCUAGAGCUGGCUUUGGAAGGUGAGCGCCUGUGUAAAGCAGGAGACUGCCGAGCGGGUGUGUCUUUCUUUGAAGCAGCUGUUCAAGUGGGAACUGAAGAUUUAAAAACACUCAGUGCUAUUUACAGCCAGUUGGGCAAUGCCUAUUUCUACUUGCAUGAAUAUGCGAAGGCCUUGGAAUACCAUCACCAUGAUUUAACUCUUGCAAGGACAAUUGGAGAUCUACUGGGAGAAGCUAAAGCCAGUGGGAAUCUGGGCAAUACCUUGAAGGUACUUGGAAACUUUGAAGAAGCUAUUGUUUGUUGUCAAAGACAUCUGGAUAUUUCCAGAGAACUUAAUGAUAAGGUUGGAGAAGCUAGAGCACUGUAUAAUCUGGGAAAUGUUUAUCACUCUAAAGGGAAAAAUGUAGCUUGUGCUGGGACUUAUGAUCCAGGGGAACUUCCAGAUGAUGUGAAAAAUGCUUUACAAAAAGCUGCAGAUUAUUAUGAAGAGAACCUGACGAUAGUAACAGAGCUGGGUGAUAGAGCAGCACAAGGACGUGCCUUUGGAAAUCUGGGAAACACACACUACCUUCUGGGCAACUUCAGGAGUGCAGUUUUAGCUCAUGAACAGCGUCUCCUAAUUGCAAAAGAAUUUGGUGACAGAUCAGCAGAAAGAAGAGCGUACAGCAAUCUUGGAAAUGCCUACAUAUUCCUGGGAGAAUUUGAAACUGCUUCUGAAUACUACAAGAGGACAUUACAGCUGGCUCGACAGCUUAAAGACAGAGCUGUGGAAGCACAGGCCUGCUACAGCCUUGGAAACACAUACACUUUGCUUCAAGACUAUGAAAAAGCAAUUGAUUAUCACUUGAAACACCUUGUGAUUGCUCAGGAAUUAAAUGAUAAAAUUGGUGAAGGAAGAGCAUGCUGGAGUUUGGGGAACGCGUACACGGCUCUGGGAAAUCACGACCAGGCUAUGCAUUUUGCUGAGAAGCACUUGGAGAUUUCAAGAGAGGUAGGAGAUAGAAGUGGAGAACUCACUGCUAGACUUAAUCUCUCAGAUCUUCAAAUGGUUCUUGGAUUAAGCUACAGCACAAACAACUCCAUGAUGUCAGAAAGCCACGUGGUAGAUAACAAUUUGAAUGGUACCAGACCCAGAGUAGGACGCCGUCACAGCAUGGAGAACAUGGAACUUAUGAAAUUAACACCAGAAAAGGUUCAGAACUGGAACAGUGAGAUUCUUGCUAAACAGAAACCACUCGUUGCCAAACCUUCAGCAAAACUGCAUUUUGUAAAUCGACUAAAAGGCAAAAAGUUCAAAACCAGCACCGCUUCCAAAGUUUUGCAGGAUGCCAGUAAUUCUAUUGAUCAUCGUCUUCCCAACUCUCAGAGGAGAAACAGUCGCGAGACAAUGGCAGAUGAAGGGUUCUUUGAUCUGCUGAGUCGAUUCCAGAGUAACAGGAUGGAUGACCAGAGAUGCUACUUCCAGGAGAAGAACAGAUUCUCAGCUGCUUCAGUAGCAACAUCCUCUACUCCACCUAAAACAAUAAGAAAAUCCUUUUCUACUUCUGUAGUCUCACCCCACACGGAUGAAUUUCUAGACUUACUUGCCAGCUCCCAGAGCCGCCGCCUAGAUGACCAGCGCGCUAGCUUCAGUAACCUACCUGGACUUCGUCUUAAUCAGCACAACAGUCAGUCAGUCCUGGGGCACUUGAUGGCAAGUAACAACAGAGAACUAGAUGAUGACUUUUUUGAUAUAUUGAUAAAAUGCCAGGGCUCCAGACUGGAUGAUCAAAGAUGUGCUCCUCCAUCAUCUGCAAAAGGACCAACUGUACCAGAUGAGGACUUUUUCAGCCUGAUUUUGCGAGCACAAGCUAAGAGAAUGGAUGAGCAAAGAGUCCACUUACCCUCUGCUAUAAAAGGACCAAGUUCUAGCUGAGGAAAUUAACAGGCUCGUACUGUACACUAGCAUCUUAGGAAUCAAUUAUGUUUGUUGGAAAACAUAAAUGCCUUUUUACAAAAGACUUUAAUUAGUAGUUUUGUCUCCUUUCUAAUCAUUUUUGUAUAAUAGCAGCAUCACGCAUGUGACCAGUAGUUGGAGUUGCCACUGUUCUUUAUAUUGGCAGCUACUUUUAGCAGUGUCUGAGAUACUGAUUACUGUAUCUCCUGCUUAACUGCUCUAGUCUAUGAACAUUAACAUCAUUUUUUUUCUGCCAUCAAGGUAUUCUCAGUGCUGAUGUGUGGACUCUCCCACAUCUAGCGUUAAGACCUAAGUGUAUAUGCUCUUUUUAAAGAAAACUUGAUUUUUUUUUCUGAUUUGUACCUCCCUGGAAAACAGUCCCAUUUUCUUUUAUAAUUUUUUUAAAAAAAUAAAAGUAAUUGAAAUA